UUCUCUUAUUCUCAGUUUGCAUGGUUAAUUGUAACCAUGAGCAACAUCUCUGGUCGUAGUGUGCUGCCUGCUAACAGUGCUCAGACGUCUUUGCAUUUGCUACAGUUUGUUGGUUUCUCUUUGAAUUGUUUUGUAUUUUAGCUGCAGCACGUCUUUAUUUGCCCCUUUUGAUUUUAAUGAGUUUGGAGGAGUGAUUUGAGUUGGCAACCUGACUCCUCAAAUCAAUUUUUUUGCCUCCUUUAAGGUUUGGUUUUUGGCUUGCAUUGGUUUGCCUAUACUUGCAUCAUCUCAUUUGAGAGCUGCUGUGCUCAAGGAACAUGCUCCUUUCUGCGUGACUGGUGUGCUGUACUUGCUGAAAAAUGCUUCUGACAUGUGUGAUUGGCUGUCUCUCUUGAGCAGCAGCGGCAUCAACAGUGGGGAAAUGAAGCCCACCCAGCAGGGCUCCGUGAGGGUGGAGCACCGCCGAGCUGUGUCCACCGACAGUCUGUUCAGGGAGAUAUACGGUGACUCUGAGGAGGAUGAUGAUGAGGUGGGCUAUGCUGAUCCCAUCCAAGAUGAUCUCUACACCCGCAAGAUGGGCAUCAAACCCCAGCCUGCUGGGAAUGAAUCUUAUAACAAGUUCUUACCCAAGUUCUGGACGCCCGAAGAAGACAUUCACAUACAGAAGAUCAAACUGGGCUCUCAGAAGAGACCAUGGUACAAAAGGAUGCAAGGCUUCAGCCGUAAGAAGUCGGGCUCUUCUUCAGAUGAUUCAGACUAUGACAUCAGUCCUUGGCUCUCUUCUGCCCCCUCUCCCUCCGGCCCCUCUCCCUCUCACUCGCACACACACGAGGCCUCGGCUCACACCACCCUUGUUGUGGGAAAAAGUCCUAAUAUCCAACCACUCACUCCCCCUCAUCUCCCCAAGAUACAGCCCCCUCUGUUAGAGACCCCCCCUCUGGUGUUUGCCCCAGUGGACCCCGCCUCCGGUCCCAAACUGGUCAAAGGUGAGAGGUGGUCCCUCCUUGGGCGCCAAGACCCCCGUGAGCCCCAAGACACCUUUGAUUAUGAAAGCAUUUCUCCCGACCUGGAGAAUGAUGACAUGUUUGCCAGGCGCACCCUGGCCUUCCAGUCCAACAUGGACCUGGCUAUGAUGAAGACUCACCUGUCUCCUAACCGUCGUAUCUACACGUCUGAGCCGCAAAUCAAUAUCGUCACCCAGAAACAUCUCCACGACAGCACCGAGGAGAGCGAUUUCCCUGAUAUCGAGCAGGACGAUGUGGUCUAUCGUAAAGAGAAAAGCCAGCAGGCUCAGCAACAACGGCCCCUCUCAGGUGCCCCUGACAACUACGCCCCUAUGCCCAUCCCAGAGCCCUGGGCUCUGCCUCCUGAUCUCAAGGCCAGACUCCUGUGCCCUCCAUGUCCUCUGACACAGGAAGCAGCGGCAAAUAAAGAGAAUCAGAUUGAGAAGGAGACACGUCCAAAAACGGAUGACAUGCUGGUCCGGAAGCUUGGAGUUUGUUCUGAUCAUAACCAGGGGUCACUGAGAGACCCGUCAGCCAAUCAGAUGACUCCGUCAGUGCCAACUUCCUGUAGUGAAGGUGACCUGCAGAAAUGGCAGGCUAUAAGGGAAGCCAGUCAGCUAAGAUAUAAGAAGAGGCUAAUGGUGGAGAGGCUAGCCGCUCUGAAGUUGUAGAAACAGAUUGCUGUGACAGUGUCUGUUAGCUUCUCAUCACUCUGUAGACAUUUUUUGUCUCUCAUUUUUUUCUGUGCCAUUUCCAUCUUGAGAUAUUCUGUCUGAUGUUGAAGUGGUGUAGACUGCAUGUUUACCCAGCGUGAGAAGAAUUCGUCUGAUGGCCACAACAGUCACAGAUGGAAGUUUUAUUUAUUUAAACCUUCUGCAUUCACUGCUACAGCAACAACUCUGAACUUCAGCUUGUUUUAAAUGUUUUUUGUUUCACUGAAAUGAAAGGUCCUAUCAAGUCAUAGGGCCAUUUAGUUAGGUUUUCUGUACAGUGGCGAUAUGGUAUAUAUAUAAAUUUAGAAUGAAAAACCAGAUUGUACAUUAAACCUAUUGCUGUUGUGUAUUUUGAAGUGUGGUUUGUGAACAAAAGAGCAUAAAUUCUCCUACAUCACUGACCGAAUUAUUGGUACAUCAUGAGAACUGAACUGAACAGACUUGAAUUCUGCAUUUUACAUUUUCUUUUUGAUUUUCCCAUCAGACUGAGUUUGCCUGUGAAUGGAAAAAAAAAUAUUCAAGCUUAAUAAAGGAAAUAAGAGACUAUGUUAUCUUGUGAUGUAAUGCAUUGAAUUGGCCAACUGUUGACCUUUCCUUGCACCUACAGUGACAUGGAUCUGACCCGAAUAUAAUGUUGUUUUUCUCAGUAAAAAGAACUUCACACUGACAUAUAAGGCUCAAAGUGCAGCAGCAUGAGAGCACGCAAAGGUUCGAGCCUGAGUAAUAACCAAAUAUAACAUGCUGACAGUACCAAGAAGUGCAAUUAAAGAGACGACAUGAAAGCCUAUAGAAAUUCCCCAUAGCUCUGAAGGAAGAUGCGACUGGUGUGGACUCCAUAGUAACCCAAACACAAAUCUGUACUGCAGUGUUUACACAUGAACAGACACACACAAGCACACACAAAGCAGCCAUUUAACCUGAGUCAAGGCCAUCUGGAUUUACUUCACUUCCAUAUGUAAAGCCAUGUUGCCAGUGACAUCAUCCUGGAGUCUCCAGAAAGGCAGCAUUGUUUAGAGAAAGAUACAUGUCUGCACACUUCCCCAGACAACUGUCAGGGCAAGGAAAGGUGAUACUGUGCUGUAAGCCUUCUGUAUACACACCCUAAGCUCUAUCCUCUUCAGGGUACAGGGAAAAACCAGCAGAGUCAUGUAUUGGCUGGGUUUAGAUACAUUUGAAGUUCACCACCUGGAGAUGAGCAGGUCUCAGAGUCGCUAAUCAGCCUCAGGCUCUUAAACAGGACCACUCUCAGGCUCACUAUUCAAGGCCAAUCUGCAGAAAUGUGACUUUGUUGUCUGUGGUUCUCUCUGGUU